CUUCUUACUCCACAUUCCUUCCUCUAAUCUCCAGAAACUUCUAGUGCCACUACUUCGUGGACCCAAUACAACCCUUAUAAAUGACUGCCCACAUCCAAUCUCAUUUAUCAGGCAGAAUUCGUUUACUGUAAAAGCGUAGAACAAUCAUCAAGCACAAGGAGCCAUUUUCACCAAUACAAGCGAAGAUUUCUUCGACGGGAAGGAAGCGAAAGAUGGAUUUCAGAAUCAUGGGUGUGGAUUCCCCAAUCUUCAACACUCUCCACCAGAUGAUGGACAUCAGCGAAGACGCCGAGAAGUCUUUCAACAACCCGUCCCGCACUUUUGUCCGUGACGCCAAGGCCAUGGCUGCUACUCCGGCGGAUGUCAAGGAGCACCCGAAUUCCUACUCUUUUGUUGUUGACAUGCCUGGGCUGAAAUCUGGUGACAUCAAGGUGCAGGUGGAGGACGACAAUGUGCUGCUAAUUAGUGGGGAAAGGAAGCGCGAGGAGGAGAAAGAAGGGGCCAAGUAUGUGAGAAUGGAGAGGCGCGUUGGCAAGUUUAUGAGGAAGUUUGUGCUGCCUGAGAAUGCAAACACUGAUGCCAUUUCUGCUGUUUGUCAGGACGGUGUGUUGACUGUCACUAUUCAGAAACUGCCACCGCCGGAGCCUAAGAAGCCCAAGACCAUUGAGGUUAAGAUUGCCUAGAUCUGGGGAUAGUGUGAUCUGAGUAAUGGUUUGAGUUGAAAUAAUCCUUGCUAUGUAGGGUGUUGGUCUUUACUGAACUCCUCUCUGCGUUCUUUCACUUCCAAGUGAUGUUUGUUCUUGAGUGUUGAGUUUGUGUUUGGAUAUGUUUUCCAUGAUUAAUGUAACAUAGAUGAACUACCUACUAUGUCUAAUCAAUGCUAUUUUCCCUUGUUUCUCCUC